AUGUCAGCUGGUUCUGAAUUGAAGCUGAUUCCAGGGUAUCCCAAGAAACAUGGUGGCACUCCAGUUAAAGUAGGGACUUAUGGAGGCCAGGUGAUUAAUGGAGUUCUGGCUGAUGUCUCACUCACAGAUCCAUUGACAUUCCAGGAUGUGAGAGUGGUCUUCUCCCAAGAGGAGUGGGAAUGCCUGGACACUGCUCAGAGGGCUUUGUACAUUGAUGUGAUGUUGGAGAAUUACAGCAACCUGGUCUCUGUUGGGAACUAUUGCAAAUAUGAUCCUGUCCAUCAACAUGUGAAGACUGAAAAGGAGUCUUGUCAGUGUAAUGAGCUUGGUAAAAUGGUUCAUGACCCCUCCACAUGUGCAUCUUAUAAAACAAGUGAAACUCCUGAAAACUCCAAUAACCACAAGUGCAGUGAUCACAGGGAUAAAUUCAUUGAGUCUUCCAACCCACAUAGACAUGAAAGCAUGCACACUGGAGAAGAACCUUGCAAAUCUAAAGACUGUGAGAAAUUCUUAAAUUUGAAUUCCAAUCUUACUCAACAUCAGAGUCUCUACACUGAAAAGAAAGAGCACAGCCAGAAAGAUUAUGAUGAUUAUUUCAGCUCUACACACAGUCUUUUUCAACAACCAAUCUACAUUGGUGAGAAACCACAGCAGAGUGGGAUGUGUGGGAAAUGCUUCAGUAAUGCCUCAAGCCUCACUGUAGGUCAGAAAAUUCAUACUGGAGAGAGACCUUACAGAUGUAAGGAAUGUGACAAAUCCUUUUCCUGUUGCUCAAACCUUAGAAUACAUCAGAGAACUCACACAGGGGAGAAACCUUACAAAUGUAUGGAAUGUGACAAGUCCUUUACCCAAAACUCACAACUUAAAACACAUCAAGGGGUUCAUACUAGAGAGAGAUCUUACAGAUGUAAGGAAUGUGGCAUAUCUUUCUCUACACAUUCAACUCUGGUAAGGCAUCAGCAACUACAUACUGGAGAGAAACUUUACAAAUGUAGGGAAUGUAACAAAUCUUUUACUAGGUGCUCAUAUCUUAAAAAACACCAGAAAAUUCAUACUGGAGAGAAACCUUACAAAUGUGGAGAAUGUGACAUGUCCUUUACUCAGGCUUCACAUUUGAAAAGACAUCAAAGAAUUCAUACUGGAGAGAAACCUUACAAAUGUGGAGAAUGUGACAUGUCCUUUACUCAGGGUUCACAUUUGAAAAGACAUCAAAGAAUUCAUACUGGAGAGAAACCUUACAAAUGUGGAGAAUGUGACAUGUCCUUUACUCAGGGUUCACAAUUGAAAAGACAUCAGAGAAUACAUACAGGAGAGAGACCUUAUAGUUGUGAGAAAUGUGAUAAAUACUUUACAAGUUCUGAAAAUCUUAGAAGUCAUCACAGGGUCCACACUGGGGAGAGACCUUACAAAUGUAUGGAAUGUGAUAUGUCCUUUAUCCAGUACUCACAUCUUAAAAGACACCAGAGGGUUCAUACCAGAGAAAGGCCUUACAGAUGUAAGGAAUGUGACAAAUCCUUUUCCCGUUGCUCAAAUCUUAGAAGACAUCAGAGAAUUCACACUGGGGAGAAAUCUUACAAAUGUACGGAAUGCGAAAUGUCCUUUACCCAGAACUCACAACAUAAAACACAUCAAAGGGUUCAUACCACAGAGAGAUCUUACAGAUGUAAGGAAUGUGGCAUAUCUUUCUCUACAUGUUCAACUCUUGAAAGGCAUCAGAAACUACAUACUGGAGAGAAACUUUACAAAUGUAGGGAAUGUAACAAAUCCUUUAUCCAGUACUCACAUCUUAAAAAACACCAGAGGGUUCAUACUGGAGAGAAACAUACCAUUGUGAACCAUGUGACAUGUAUUUAUAUGGUGUUCUCUACUUAA